AUGUCGUCGUUUUCGAGUUCCGCGUCCUCCAUCUCCGGCCCGCCCACAAUCACCGCACCCGGACUUAGGCUUCAUGCGAGCUCGGAAAACCUGAGGGCGCGCGAGGCUGGACCUUCUUUUGAUCCGCGAGGAGGAAGAAGGAGAUCUACGCUUACGGGCCCCCACCGGAAGAGAAGGCUUGUGAACCCAGAGUUGGCAGCUGAGACGAGCCAUGCUAGGCCCCUUGGAAUCGGGUCUAGUAGUAGAGCAGAAAUGGAUAGCAGGCCUAUCUUGAAUACAUCGUCGCGCACACAGUCAGACACACCCGUCGCCGGAUCUUCCUACGAGACUGCGAUCGACUUAUCCUCCUCGCCUCCACAAGCGCCCCCUCCGAGGGCGCUCGACCAGCGCCAGAGCUCAUGGUCUCAGGAGGACAACCAAUAUGUAGAAUAUAACCGGCCUCUGUGGCAGCCGGACGCGGAGGUUACGGAAUGCCCUAUCUGUCGAACCCCGUUUAGCUUUUGGUACAGGAAACAUCAUUGCAGGAAGUGCGGCAGGGUUGUUUGCUCCUCAUGUUCACCUCACCGGAUUACGAUUCCGAGACAGUAUAUUGUCCAUCCUCCGACUUCUGAUCGCUCCAGCGCCUCUGCCAUUGCACAUCGCGCAACACAUGUUGUGAACCUAGAAGAAGAAGACGAUUCAUCACAGUCGCCGGCGGCAGUGAACCCCGCGUUGGGUGGUGGCGAGGAAGUGAGACUUUGCAACCCCUGCGUUCCUGAUCCGAACCCUGAACCGCCAUUUGGAUUUCCAUCUGUUCGAGCACCUGGCGCUACCGGCUCUGGCUCAAGUUGGGCGCGGCAUCGGUCGUAUCAUUCCCUAUCAACCCCGUCCCGUCAACACUUGUAUGAUUCAAUUCCCGAUACAUUCCCAUCUAGACCAUCGCGCAGGACUGUUGGAUCUAGCGACUACCCGGGGUUCACUGGAUUUGGCAGCGCGUUCGCACCAUCUUUUCAAGGCCGUCCCAUAGGCUACGGCUCAAUGUCGAGUGCGCGUUCACCCCCACCUGUACCAUCGAGACAUGCGCUUUAUUAUUCGAGGAGCGGCCCGUCGGACGCUCCUUUUGCAACUCCAGAGUCGUCUAGCAGCAGACCUCGAGCAUCACGCGGUUCUCAUUCGCGGCCGGCCCAGCCUAUUGCCGAAGGCGACCUUUGCCCAAUUUGCGACAGUCCGUUACCACCAGUUGGUCCAAAUGGGGAGGAGGACACUCGGGAAGCCCAUGUCCGGGAAUGUAUUGAAAACCACGGCCGCCCAUCUAGCGGAAGCCCAGUUUCACAAACCCCUCUUCCCGUCCGCAUGGUCGCAUUCACAUCGACCGAGAAGGAUUGCAUUGGGCAGGAUGGCGCAGAGCAGGAAUGUACCAUUUGUAUGGAAGAGUACGAGGUCGGGCAGUCGCUGGUACGUCUCGAGUGCCUAUGCAAAUUCCACAAGCGGUGCAUUGUGGAGUGGUUUGAGCGAAAGAAAGAGUGUCCGGUGCACAAGACAUCCUAG